GCUUGCCAGGCUGUAGCGUUCAUUUCUCAUCGCAUACCUGCAAACAGUUGAAAUCUCGGAGUAUGCCAGAGACCAUCUGUGACUAACGUUUUCAAGAUAGUUCCACUUACUGAGGUUAUGGGAGAGAAGGAGCCAUGUCAGAAGAAGCCGUUACUGAGACACGCUUUUCUUUGAAGACAGCUGCUUUACGAGUAUUUCAUCUUCCCCUUUCUUGGUAUUAUUCUCUUAUCCAGAUAAAGCUUUCCCCUGGGUUAAAGAAGCUGUUUGCAGUAACAGCAGUAAGUGCAGUAUCUGUUAUUUUUCUCGCCCAUCAUUUUAAAAGAAGACGUGGAAAGAAAAACAGGAAAGCAUCACCGUGGGAACCAGGUCAUAUAGUAUUAGAAUGUACCAAAGCAGCUACAUCAGAAAAAGGUUCUAGUUGUUCCAGUAGCCGGCAAAACUUGACUCUUUCUCUGAGCUCUGCUAAAGAAAAAGGAUCUCAGUCUUGUAUCUAUGCAAAUGGAGGACUUUUCAGUAAAUACUCCGGUUCAGUUCAGAGUCUGGCCUCGGUCCAAAGUGCCACCUCUUGUCACAGUUGUGCUUGUGCCAAUUCCAAUUCCUGGGAUAAAGCAGAUGAAGAUGAUAUUAAGCUUGUCAAUAUUCCGGUGACUACACCUGAGAAUUUAUAUUUGAUGGGUAUGGAGCUUUUCGAGGAAGCACUGCGUCGAUGGGAGCAGGCACUAACUUUCCGUAACAGGCAAGCAGAAGAUGAAGCAAGUUGUAGUUCCAUCAAGCUAGGAGCAGGAGAUGCAAUUGCAGAAGAAAGUGUAGAAGAUAUCAUUAGUGCUGAAUUCAUUCAUAAGCUUGAAUCCUUGCUUCAAAGAGCUUAUCGUCUUCAGGAGGAGUUUGAGGCCACCCUUGGGGCCUCUGAUCCUGCUUCCCUAGCUAAUGAUAUUGAUAAAAAUACAGACAUUACUGUAAAGGAUAAUACAGAUGAUUUCUGCCUUCGAGAUGCAUUGAGCAUUGCAUCAACGGACUCCUUUGUUUCCACAGCUGAGCUUACAGAGCACCGAGAGAUUCGUAAUACCUAUGGUCUAGAUUCCCUUUGCCAUUGUCCACUGUACGAAGAAGCUAUGCACUUGGCAGAAGAAGGCAAAAUUUAUUCCCGAGUGUUAAGGACUGAAAUGUUCGAAUGUCUAGGAGACAGUGACUUUCUUGCUAAACUUCAUUGUAUUCGACAAGCUUUUCAGAUAAUUCUUUCAGAAACAGCUAACAGAAUAUUUCUUGCUGAAAGCGGAAGGAAAAUUUUGUCCGCCUUAAUUUUGAGAGCACGAAAGAAUCCAAAGAAAUUUGAAGAUGUCUUUGAUGAAAUGAUAUACUUUUUGGAACAAACAGAUCACUGGGAUAAUACUGAAAUGGAACUUGCUGCUAGAGGGGUGAAAAACCUGAAUUUUUAUGAUAUUGUUUUGGACUUCAUAUUAAUGGAUUCCUUUGAAGAUUUAGAAAAUCCACCAAUCUCUAUACAGAAUGUAGUAAACAACCGCUGGCUAAAUUCCUCUUUUAAAGAAACAGCUGUGGCUUCAAGCUGUUGGUCAGUACUGAAGCAGAAAAGACAACAAAUGAAGGUACCUGAUGGAUUUUUUGCACAUUUCUAUGCUAUAUGUGAACAUAUCAGCCCUGUUUUGGCAUGGGGCUUUCUGGGCCCUAGAAACUCCCUUUAUGACCUAUGCUGCUUCUUCAAGGAUCAAGUGCUUUUCUUCCUGAAGGACAUUUUUGAUUUUGAAAAGGUGCGAUACUCAACUAUGGAGAGUUUGGCUGAAGAUCUUAUGCAAUUACUAAUCCGACGCACUGAACUUUUAAUGGCCUACCUUGGAGCAGAUUCACUAAGACAUGUCAAUGCUUGUGUAAGCGGUCAUGGCCAUGUCAUGACCAGUGGGCUCUUAGAAGCGAAAGUACAGUAAGUUUAAAAUACACAACGAAUGAAAUGGAGUGCACAUUGACUCACUCCUUCCCACCUUUCUUUCUAUAACCGCAAAGCUAUCACUGCUGUUACUGAGCAAACAUCUGAAAAUGUACCACCUUGCUAAAUAUGGAAAAGGACUCAGGGAGGUUAAAUACAUCUAGGAAAAGAACUGGUGAGCAUAGUAUUGUAUAUAUCUAAAUUAAAUUUGCAGCUCAGCUGUCACUGUAUUUAUAUUUAAUGUAUCCCAAAGCUUUUUUCUGUAAUAUUUGGGUAAAGUUUAUUUAUGAAAUACUGUACUUUUGCCAGAGAUAAUUUGUGAUUGAAGCUGAUGGAGUUGUUUCCUUUAAAGUCUUAUACUAUAAAAUGCUCAUUACAGUGUCUCAAAGUCAUCAAGUGUUUAGAUAUAGAAGGUGUUUCAGCUAGGGUAUAUGCAGUCUCUGAUUUGUGACACACGUGCAAUAAAGUAAUUACACUCACAAAAUUGAACAUGUUGCCACUGCCCUGAAGUUACCUUUGUGUGGGUGUAAGUUGUCAUUUUGUAUUACAGCAUAAGAGUAAUGGAGUACAUAGUGCCAUUAUUUGGGCAGUAAUGACUUCCACUAUGCAUUUUUUACUUUAUUUUGUUUAAAAUACCUAAUAACCAUGAAAGUGUUCGUUUGAGACCACUGUUUUAUAUAUUUUAAAAUGGUAGUUUUAUCACCAAAUUUAAAACUUUUUCUUUUUCUAAAACUCUUAAGACUUUAUAUGGUGGUUAUGAAUAAUACCAUUCUUGCGUAAUACCAUUCAAAUGUAGCAUUUUAACUUGUAUCAUUAAAUAAGGCUGUAUGAUGAGAUCUGUUAAUAAUGAAACAGAAUCAAAGGCACAGUGAGUUAUAAUUAAAAGCAUUUUAGUUUCACUCACUUCCUUGUAGGAAGUCAGUUGUCAAUUUAGGAGGAAAUUUAAGCAGUUGUGUGCAUCUACAUGCAUGUGCAAGACUGGCUAAGGAUAUGGAACCCUUAAUUUUGGAAAGGAGCACAGUACAGUAGCGAGGCGUCAGGGAAGUGCAGCAAGGUUCUUUUUUUCUUGUGCUAGACAUAAUAAGGAUGAUCUGUCUAUUGCUGAAUUCCCAUAAACUGAAAUGAUGUUUCAUAGUUGGUUAUUACCUUUUGAACGACCUUUGUGUAUGCUUUGCCACACAAAGCCAGCCCACAAGAAUCUGUGCUAUGUUAAAUAAAAGUAAUACAGAGUGAUUCUAAAUGUCCAGGUACUUCAGAAGAAUUUUGUUACAAAUCUAGUGUUUGGAAACAAACUUGAAUUAGAUACGUUUCAAGCUGUGUUGCAAACAACCCAAAAUGAUAUUUCAAAAGCAGGGCCUUGUGUAAUUCUACAGACUUUAGUGAAGUCACCAUUUCACUCCUU